AGCCAUUUGCUUUGCCAGCUUGUGUCAGGCGGCCCUCAAAAGCCCAUGGCGCAGACAUCUAGACAAAGCACCGGCAGCACUCCGAACACAAUGGCACCCUCUGCUGUCUUUGGAGUGCGAGUUCAACAUCAGCACUUUCCGUGUCCGCGGGGAAGCUUCACCAUCGGUGUCAAUGGUGUCAAUAGUGUGAACCGCUACAGCUCGCUUCAUAGCACAGCAGCGCCAGCACAGCAUGCUGCUCCAUCAUCUCCUAUGGUAAGGACUUCGCAAAGCAUGUCCGGCAGCCUAUCAGUUCCAUUAGGCAAUCGAUCGGAGGGAUCUACAUUUGCAUCUUCCAGAACCCACGAGCCCAAAGAAGCAUUACAAUCUUUGAUAUUGGGCAACAAGCGCUUUCAACAAGGAACCCGUUCCUGUCAUUUCGGAGCACGCAGUCCAUUUGCAACUAUAGUUGCAUGCACUGACGGCCCAGGCCCUAUUGAACCCAUUUUUGAUGCUCCACCUGGAUCCCUUUUUGUGUCAAAAGUUCACGGAUGCCUUGCAAGCUCAGAAGGCUUGGUGGAAAAGCUUGAGCUCAGCAUCAGACUGGGAAGUAGCCUGAUACUUGUUCUGGGGCACAGAGAGUCUCAAGUGAUGCUUGAUGCGGCGCAAAACUACAUGGAGGGGUGCAAUGCGCAGUUCCCUACUCUUCCGGAGGCAGUUGAGGACAUGGGGCCCUCUGCAGAUGCAGCUUUUGUUGCAGAACGUGCAAUGCACCUGAACAUGAUCCACACAGUGCGUUACCUGCUGAGUGGGCGAUUGGGAGAACAUGUGAGGAGCAACAAAGUGGAGAUCCAAUGCGGUAUGUUUGAGCCCCUGACGGGGUCAGUUCAGUUCAUGGGCCCAAUCGCAGGGCAAACACAGCUAUUGUAUCCAGUCUUUACAGACUUCGGAUAUCCUGCACCUCCAGUUCUUUUGGGGAAUGUGCCAGCCAAUUUCAAAGCUCUUUCAGAGAAAGCCGCUUCACAUUUCGGAGAAAGUCAGGAUGAUUUUGGUGUCCAGGAAGUUCACUCUUCUGACGAAUUCACGGAGGGGCAAGCUCUGGAGCCUACGAACGGUUUAGAGGUAGCCCCUGGCAAUCAGAGCAUCCUUGGUGCACAGGUGGAAAUGAAACCUCAAACCCCACAAUCAUCUCAAAGUUCAACAAGUGCAGAGCCCGAAGAUCACACCCUUUCCACGCUUGAGUUUGAAGCAGGUGAAUGCACAGAGGCUCAAGCCGUUGAAGAAGCUGUGCAACCUGUGCAAGUGCAGGCCUCAUUUAUGGCCGCUGAUGUUGCAGAGGGAGAAAUGAAGCCUCAAGUAUCUCAAUUCUCUCAAAACUCUACAAAUGAUGAGCCUGAAGAUCAUACUACUGGGGCAAGCGAGUUUGAAGCAGCUGAAUCCCCGGAGUCUGGCAUGCAAGAAGGAGCUGAGCAAGCUAGUCCAACCCCGUUGAGGGAUGCAGAAGAGGGCGAAGUAGAGGUGAACGAGGGAAGGAUUCAACAGGAGACUCAGAAUCGAGCAGAAGAGCACGACAAAGAUCAGCCUCAACCACCAGUCAGCAGAGUCAUGGUGGGUGCGGGUCUUGCAGUUGUAGCCAUUUUGUUGAUUGGUGUGGGACGACGGGGAGGACUUCGUCUUCUUCGACGCAAUUUGAUGAGACGCAUGGGCUAAGGCGGCUCAACACGCUUCCUGAGCCUCGUGACGCUUGCGCAAAAAGCAAGGCAUGUGACAGAACCGAAACACAUGCAGGCAAGCCUUUUGGCUUGCAGAAUGAGAUUGUCCAAUCGGAUCAUUGGAUCAGUUCCUGGAAGCAUGCAUGGCAUGGAGCCCAGUGUUCCCGAUGUAUCCGAAAUGUACAGAGUUCCCUGAUUCUCAGAGCUCAAUGCGGCACAGAGAUCUCAAGGGAGCGACGAUUAGUUGGGGCAUCACGGAAUGCAGAGUCAA